UGCAGCGGUCGCACUGCAGUCCCUGCAGUGGUUGCUGGGCGACAGCCGCAGAGAGAAGGGGUGUCUGGAGUUAAGGACCUGGGCUGGUCUUGGAGGGGAAGCUAGCCCAUGCCUGAAGGAAGUGCUGGGCCCCGCGGGAAGGGGUGUGAUCUGAAGCGACCCAACCGCUCUCCCCUCGGCUGGGCCCAUGGCUGGGGCGGAGUCCCCCGGGCGAGCAAGGGGCUCGGCCUGGACCUGGAGGCCAGUGGCGCGGGACGCGCUCCUGGCUCGUGCCUUCCAUUCAUGCACCGAACUGCAGGGACGGUUCUAUCUGGUAGGGGGUCUCCUGGAAGGUGGUGCAAAAGUGCCCAGCAGCGAUACUGUGAUCUUUGACCCAGCUGGGGGCCAAGCUGUACGACUGCCAGCCCGGGGCAGUCCCACUCGCAGUCACCACGAAGCGGUCCUGGUGGGGGGACGUUGGCUCUGCGUGGUGGGUGGCUGGGACGGGUCCUGUCGCUUAGCCACGGUGGCCGCUCUGGACACGCAGAGUGGGGUGUGGGAGGUAUGGACUGCGAACCCUGGCAACUGCCCUCCUGCUGGCCUCAGCAGCCACACCUGCACUCGCCUCUCCGACCGGGAGCUGCGAGUGUCUGGCAGAGAGGGUGGCACCCACACUCAGCGUCGCUACGGAAGCAUCUACACGUUAAAGUUGGACCACAGCACCCGCACUUAUUGCUACAAGGAAGAAGGCUGCCACACAGUCUCACGAUCAGGUCACUGUGCUGCCCUGCUGCCAACCGCCGGACCCCACCCGGGUCAUCAGCUAUUGCUCUUCGGGGGCUGCAACUCGGUCGAACCAGAAGUAAUUGGGAAAUGGAGCCAUGGGAAAAUUAAGGAGGAACCACUUGUUGCCCCUCAUUUGACGGAACAGCUUGAAAGGCUUGUGAGCAGUGGGCAGGGGUUGCAGCAGGGACCCCAGAGCCUGCGGCAUCAUUCCUGUUCAGUGGUGGGACCUUUCGCUGUACUCUUCGGUGGUGAAACUCUGACCAGAGCUAGAGACACGAUCUGCAAUGACCUCUACAUCUAUGACACCCGCGAGUCUCCGCCUCUGUGGUUCCACUUCCCCUGUGCGGACCGUAGACUGAAGCGUGUGGGCCAUCGCACUUGCCUGUGGAACGACCAGCUUUAUUUGGUUGGGGGUUUUGGUGAGGACGGCAGCACUGCUAGCCCACAGGUUUGCAUUCUGGAACUCUUUGUCUAAAGAAUAGAAAGGCACAUGGGCCAGGCCUCUGUGUUGUGGCAAACCCACACAGCAUUCUCAUGGUUAUUGCACACUUUAUCUACUUAUUAAAUUUCAAUCUGAGAAUCAA